UUCGUGCGUGAUAAGGUUACUUUCAUAGACCCAAGACUCUGUGGGAUGACAUAAAAAAAGCAAUUGUUACGAAAUUGCUUGAAAUUCCCAAACGGCGUUUUCGUUGGGCAGAUUUGCAAAUCAAACAGUUAGAAGAAUGCCCCACUAGCGAACAAAUUAUGGACGCCCUGGGGACUAUUCCACCAGACCUGGAGAGUACUUAUCGAGAGAUCCUCGACAAGACCACGAUGAAUGAAGAUGCAGAUGUCUUGCGUGUGCUCAUCGACAGGAGGGAACCUGACGUGGAUGUUAACGAGCGUCUUUACUUGUCGGCAGUAAGCACAAUGAUAAGAGCGUCUCCACUGAAGGUUAUGGAGGCUCUUCUCAACCAUAGUGGGCCCAAGUUUCCUUUCGGCGAGGCUAUCAUACAAGGGGCAGCUUCUCAUUACGAUGGGCUCCAGAUGAUAAAGCUGUUCCUGCUCAAAAAGCAAGCCGGGUUUGUUGUCUCUAGUACGGUCUUAGCAGCCACUGCCGGCAAUAAGAAUAAAGGAGUGGAGAUAUUGGAGCUCUUGAUAAACAGCGCAGACUGCAAAGUUCCGAUUACCGAGAAGGUCAUAUUAAAAGCAGCUCUAAAUGAAGGUUCAUCCUCAUUGGCCUAUCUACUGGAGCUCGAAGGGGAGUGUCAGGGGCGAAUGCUCCCCUUUGCUGACCGGUUAUUGGCGGCAGUGGUCUGGCGAGAGGAUACCGAAACUCUUAAGAUUUUUUUCCGUCGACACCCAGAGGUUCGAGUGACAAAGAACAUGUUUCUCAAUGCUACUUCUAGCGCAGACAGAAUCAUGUUCCUAUUGCAACAACCCCAUGAUAGUCCACCAGUUAUUUUGAUGCUGGAACUGAUUGAAGAGGAUGCCAUUAUUAACUAGUGGGGAGAAGGGUUAGGGGACACACUCACGAUGCUGCUGGAGCACAAACUUGCGCAGGUCAGCGAGGACGUCCUGGAAGCCAUGGCUCGGAACUCCUACGCGUUAGAAACCCUUCUCAAACAAGGCACCCGACCUCCGAAUUACACCUGGAACCG